CAGGCGCAGGGAAGGAUCCGUUUUGGCGGGCGGUUGGCGUUGCGCAGAACGCGGCGGCAGCGGCGGCCUGUGGUCCGGCCUCACCACCGAGGAACAGGGGACACAUUAGCUUGAGUGAUCGGUCUCGAUCCCGGGAAUCCGGUGGCCUUAGUCCUUCAGGUGGAGCAACGUGAGACAUGGGAAAGAAAACCAAGAGGACAGCUGACAGUUCUUCUUCAGAGGAUGAGGAGGAGUACGUCGUGGAGAAGGUGCUAGACAGACGUGUGGUUAAGGGGCAAGUGGAGUAUCUACUGAAGUGGAAAGGCUUUUCCGAAUUGCAGUUUGACCAACAGAGCAAUGAUAUCGCUCGGGGCUUUGAGAGAGGAUUGGAACCAGAAAAGAUCAUUGGGGCGACAGAUUCCUGUGGCGAUUUAAUGUUCCUAAUGAAAUGGAAAGACACAGAUGAAGCAGACCUGGUUCUUGCAAAAGAAGCUAAUGUUAAAUGUCCACAAAUUGUGAUAGCAUUUUAUGAAGAGAGACUGACGUGGCAUGCAUAUCCUGAGGAUGCGGAAAACAAAGAGAAAGAAACAGCAAAGAGCUAAAGGAGGGGGUGGUCUCUGCCAUUUCUCUUUGUACAUAAUACAUUCACCUCCCUGCCUCCUCUCCCUCUACCCACCCCCUUCUCUCCUAAACACAUCCAUAAAAAAUGUGCUUAUCACUGUGCUCCACAGGAGAAAUGUUGGUAUUGGUUCUCUUGUAACAUAACUGAUGGUCUGAUUCAUGAUAAGUGUCUCUCUGUGAAGACCAGGCAUUUACGUACUGUGUGUAAUUCUCACCAUUUUUUCCUUUGCCCUGCUCUCUUCCUUCUGCUCCCCUGUGACCUCAAGAUGAGUUUUAACUUUUUAAUCACCUUAGAGUCUUGAUCUUUUCAGGGUUGGUCGCUUUUUAGUGGGGGAUUUUGUUAUAAUGAUGAUGAAUUUUGGUUUCUUUCUUUGGCUCUUAUAACAUGUUGAUGACCAGCUAGGCUUUGUUUUGAGAUGUUGGGUUGGAAAAGAUGUUGCCCAUCUUUUUAAAAAGCCAAUAGCAACUGCCUACCUGUUGGGGCUUUCCCAACCUCAUUCAGCUCUACCCAGGAGAAUACAGGGUUCCUCGUGUGGUCUUCUGGGCCACCCUCUGUUGUUCAUCCUCACCCAUCCUCCCAGAAUAGCUCCAUCCUUUGGAGGGCUUGAAAUUUUACAUUCAGAUUUGUCAAGGCACUCCUUUUAGCCCCAGGACUUUUGGCCUUGUUUCUUAGCAAUCCCUGAUUCUGCUUCUGCAAGUUGGUGUAGUCUGUCAUAAGAUGACAAGAUUAUUGACUGGAGAUUUGUAGCUAUUAGUACAUGAGGAUGACGGGGUAGGAUACAAUUGUCUUUAUUAUCACAUAUGGUAUAUAUGUAUUAUUUCCUUCCAUCCCUCCCAUUUGGAUUAUCUAUUUAUGUAGGUGUGAGUGACUGCCUGGUGCUUGCUUGUGCCAAGGUGCUAGGCACCCUCCAGCCCUGCCAACUUUUGUGGCCUCCCAAAGCAUUCCUGUUACCAAAGAGGCUUCAAACCUGACCCUGACUUCUCAGUGGACCCAAGUUUCCCUCCAUGCCAUUAUUUUCAGUGGGGAAUUCUUAGAGGGGAGCCAUUGGCCACAGUAUCAAUUUUAAAUAUUCAUAGUGUUUAUAAUCAUAAAUUUCUUGCUUUGAUGACUCCUGGAUUUGCCACCAAGAGUCCCCAGAGUAUUAAUGCUCUUCCCUUCCUCCACCCUCAAACUCUUAGUUGUAUCUUUUUUUUUUUUUUAAUGCGUUUCUAUGGAAGACUAUCAACCUCAGAGAGUGACAGGCCCCAGCAGUAGCAUGUUGACACGACCUCUCCCUACUCAGCAAAAUACUUACUUCCCUUUUGGCUUCUUCCUGCUUUACCAUUAUAUUGAGAGAUUAUUUUUCUGCUUAUAUCCUCUGCCUUUGUUCCCCAAGAAACACCCUACUUCUCAUUACCCUUUUUUUCUUGUAGUUGAAGGGGGCUAGAGAAUCAAGACUAAAAGUAAGGAAAUAGCAGGGUUUUGAGCAUCCUUGUCCCAGCCCAAAGCUGAGGAGAUAAGAAUAAAUGCUUGAAAUAGCCUUAACUCUAGAGUUCACCAGCCAUUGAGGUUUUUGUGGUUGCUUUUGAUUUUUAAAACAUAUAGCUGUCUGGCCAGGAGCAUUCAACCAUUUCUAGAUUAUUCAGAGUAACGAGGGGACUAGAGAGAUUGCUCCAGUCUACAGAUGAGCCGAAUAAUAUGCAAAUCAUAUACCCAUUCAUAGCAUUUGUUAACAUUGCUUCCCUGCUCAGCUGCUGAUUGAAUUCUGUGUGGUUGUAUAAAUUAUGUCAAAAAUUAUACUGCACGGUUGAGAAGACAGCUGUUGCUGCAGUGACAUGACAGACUGGAACAAUGAAGCUUUUGGUUUCAGCCAUCCAGGAAAAUCCUUCUGGAUGGUAAUGUGAUUGGGUGAGAACUCAUAACCCAUACCUCAAGUGGGUAGGGGUUUUAUCUCCAUCUUCCUUAACUCUCUGAAGGAAUUAAAGGCCUAGAUCAAGUGCUGGAUAGUUGACAGUUGUUAGUACUUAAUCUGAUGGGCAUCUGAAAGAAAGGAUAGUCAGAAAAGAGAUUUUUCAUACAAGUAACUAAGGAUAUCAAUUAGGGUAUACUAGAAUAGGACAGAAGUAGGCCAGAGCCACUGAGGAGGUGAUCCGGGUCUCUAAGUUUGCAGGUGGAGAAAAUGACAGCUUAUCCAUGUAGCCAGUGUGUGUCUCCCAGGAGCAGUGGGUAUGUAAGCAAAGUACAGUGACCAUCUUUUUAGAGCCCAAAUCUAGCCUGUGGACAAAGAACACGACCGAAUUAUUUGCUACUAAGAUUGGUCUUGAGAGACGUGGGACACACGGUUGCCAGGGUUAUAGGUAAUACGUAAGGCAUUCAUCAAAAUCUGAUUUCUUUUAACAGAAGAACCCCAGUAUCAUCUACUACUCAUCACCCCUUUAAUACUUCAGUCUUCGCUCCAUUCAUCUUUUUCUGUCCACAGUUUACUGAAUCAUGGUCUUGUACUGAGUGCUGCCCAAACAACUUGUUCUCUCCCUGCCUACCCACUGCUACUUCUAUAGGAACGGAGGGAGCCAGAGGCCAAUACUGAUCUCAGCCCUCAGCAGAAAGGAAACGGAUGCCUGCCUGUUCCUCUGGCAUUUGUUAGUGCUGAGUAGCUGUCCAGGCCCUUGGAGGAUUGCAGCCUCAAAGAGAAACCUGCUUUCAUAGGGCUUUCUCCUCUCGGAAGAGUUAGUGACCCUGGGCUAAGCACUCUUAAACAUCUAGGUCUCAUGUGCUCGAAGUAUAUUUUUCCGCCUAUGUUAAGUCCUCUUUCAAAACAUCUUUCUAAUGCUGAAUUUUUUCUUGUAAUCAGCAUUCAAGGAUUUCUCUUUCCAGAGAAUGUAGCAGAGCUUUGACCAGCAGAGUCUACCAAGGUCAGCAUAGCUGCUUUUCUGAGCCCUGGGCUGGGCAGAUCCCCUCACAUUAAGAUCAGCUGUUAGAGAAUGUCAACCCUGAUGGAAGCACCCAUUUUUAACCUGGAGAGAGCCAUAUCAUUUUUCCUCCUGCAGUCCAGUUUUCAUCUGCUCAAGGGAGCAUUUGGACCUGUGGUGUUCCUUAAUGCUCGGAAGUCUAUGGUCCUUGGCUGGCCCCCAGCCGUAUAUCCGUACUACUUUUUUUUGUCGAAGAAAAGUUGGUCUUGUUCCUGUAGUUCCUGCAGUUUUAGAUGCUUCUUAACUCUUCGUACUUGUGCCGUAGCCUCCCUGCAAUCCAGUUUCCUAUCUUUAGGCCAAAUCCUUUGGCCUCAGGAAAGGUGCCUGUGAUUUUCAUCUUGUGGUUUUGUCUGAUCUAUGUGUAGCCCAGCUUACCUAAGGUACAGUGAGGGAUCAGAGGGAUCCGUGUUUGGGCUGGGGAGUGAUUGUUUUUGCCCUUAGGGUUCAAAUUUGAGGGCCUAAAAUAAGUUUGCAGUGACCUGAGAACUUCAGGAAGGGUUAUAUCAUUAGAUUUGAAAUGUGAAAAUGGUUUCUCACAAAUUAGGUCAAAGGAAAAGCUCAUUUUGCACCCAUGACUCCAUCCUUUUGGUUUAGGUUUUUAGAGUGUUGAGAUCUGUACCCUUGUAGUUAGACCACCAAGCAAGCAUACCUGUGUCAGGGCAGAGAGAGGAAAGGUCUGGACCCAGCGUAUUUCAGUUUCAUCUUGGCUUUACCACUAAUCAUAGAAGUUAUGUUUUCAAAAAUAGAGAUGUUACCCGCCUUGCCCCCAAGAGCACAUGCUCAGAAUUGCCGCCCCCCCCCCCCGCCCCCAGUUAAUCAUGGUGGAUUUGUAUUGAGCCCUCCACAUUCCAGCCCCCUUAGUGUACGUCAACAUGCAUUUCAUUCAA